AAAAACCAACAGAAGAGGAGAGGAGGGAGGCAAGUCAUGUUAAGUCGCUGGCGCUGGAGGCGCCGAGACCGAUCCACGGAGAGAGCCAGAGUCAGACAGCUCGCUGCGGGAGGGAGUGGCGCUUCGAGUCUGCAGCCGUAGGGAGGCAAAGCAUCAUUCACCAAUGGAAGUCUUUACUCGCGCUGGUAGGGGAGGGAAGUGCUGUUUGAAUCGCAGCCUGAAGCCGGGUCGGGUGGAGCUUCUGUGUUGGUUGGGUCUGGGCCAGGUUGUUGGCCCGUUGCCCUGAAAGAAAAAAAAAAUAAAGCUCGAAGUGUUUGAAGGCAAUGGUGGAUAUUUACGGUCUCAUCCUUGGCGUCAACCCUUUGAAGAUGAAGAAAUUGCAGCAGUCAUGGAGGCAGCGCAGGGAGUUGAAGUGGAAGCUCGAAAUAUGUUUGUUAUUGCCUUUUCUCCUUUUCCUUAUCUUUGGUUUUCCACAGUAUCCCCCAACCCGACAGGCUAAGGAUUAAUCCGUCGCGGUACUGACAACGACAAAAAAAAUAAAAAAGAAACCAACAGAAACAAGAAUUGCAUAAUCGUACGAUUUUGCGAGUUCCCUACGCUCUUCUUCCAAGCCUUCAACAAACACACCUCAUUGAUGAUGAUGAUGAUCCUAUAACUGUUGACCGAAGCAUCUUCAGUUUAUCAGAGAAAAAGCAUUAUGAAUGGAAAAACACAUUGAAGGGUCAUGUUGGAGCAUGGUGUGUUGGUUCUUCUCAUGGAUGGAUUAUACUUUUGGAUCAGAAUGGAGUUCCACUUCUUCUAAACUCUUCUUCUUCCACUGCCAUUAACGUACCACCUCUUCCCCUUUCAUUCCUGCACCCUGUCACAUAUUCUUACUUCGCUGAAUACUUAAGGAAAACCUUCAUAGUCAAAGCAAUCUUGAUGUGUUGUUCCUCUCCUUCAAGAUACAUUCUUGCCAUCAUAUAUGGUUCCAACUACAAGAUUGCUUAUUGCAAUUCUGCAACUUGGGUUGAGCUCCCUGAUGAUAAGCAAUCUUAUUGUGACAUUGUGUUCAGCAGCAACUAUCUUUAUGCCUUGACACAAGAUGGUUCUGUUGAAGUUUGGAAUAUUUGUGGACAAAUUCCUAAAAGAUUGAUUCUUUUAACACCAACUGCGGAGGCUAAUUAUAAAGAGGAAAAACCAUAUUUAGAAAAUAAUUUCUCAAGAAAUUUAUACUUAGUGGUAUCUGCCGAAGAAAUCUUGCUGGUGACAAGAUUUAUUGGGAAUUUUGUGAAUGAUGACGGGUUGGUAAUAGAAGAAGGAGAUCUUUUAUCAUCUGAGGAUACACAACCAUUGAUUUGUCCUUAUAGAACAAAGUAUUUUAGUGUUUAUAAACUUGAUAUUGAAGACAAGAGAUGGAAAAAGAUGAGAUCUUUACAUGAUAAAGUUCUGUUCUUGGGUGCUAAUGAGUCUGUAUCAAUGGAUGCUAAAGCUUGCUUGGGGUGUGAAGCAAACUCAAUCUAUUUCACAGAUGAUAGGUGGGAAGAGAUGACUUUGGACUACAUGUAUGGUGGACAUGAUUGGGGUGUUUUCAAUCUUCAAGAGAAAUGUGUUAAGAGCCUCAUGCAAUGUGCAAAUAGGAUUGAUCCUCCACCAAUUUGGGUAGUUCUAUAGUAAUUUAGGGUUUGCCAUUUAGAAUGAUAUGGUUCUUUUGUAAUUGAUUUUUUUUUUUUUUUGUUUCUUCUCUAUUUGACAAUUCAAAAAAUCAUGUAAAGAACUUAAGAUUCACUGACU